AUGUCGACCAACGAAAGAGCCUCCCUGCUCACCAUUCCCUGCGAGCUCCGCAAUGCCAUCUACAUGUACAUCUUCGACCUUGAGCUCGCUGACCUGACAUAUCCGACCCUACCCACCUCGCCCGACGAGCUGGCAAUCGCCCUGAGACUUCGGGGAACUUCCGACUACCGAGCCGCCUACUACAAUGCCAACCGAGCAGCACGCAAGCUGCGCAUCCUACGCACUUGCAAGCAGAUCCACCAAGAGGCGAGUCUCCUCGCCCUCUCCUUGACCCCGUUCCACAUCAACGGCGAGUGCACCUACCCGGACGUCUUUGAUAUCCGCUCGCGCGCUUUGUCCCCUGCGAAAGUGGGCGCGAUCAGACACCUCACUCUGUCCGCCCGUAUCAGCCAUCUGCGCGCAUUGAACGAGGCCUGGGCGGGUCUCCCGUUUGGACAUCCAUGUCUCCAUCUCGAUACCAUCACCAUCAUCCCACACCGACCAGAAGUCCAUUCAGCUGCCUUUGCUGAGAUCGCGGACCUGUCGCAAUCGCACACGCUCGCCUACAUCUUCUGCGAAACUCUCAAAAGCCUUCGCAACGUUCGAUGCAUGCACGUCCGGAACCACAACUGCUUCAAUGAGGUGGUCUGGAGACUGUUCUACCGCAGCUUGGUCUACAGGCUCUGGAGAUGGGGAGGUGGGAAAUGCGGCAUCCGAUUCGAGAGCGGAGAGGUUCGCCCGGGCGGGAGCGAGCUCAAGGGCAACCAGUGGUUCAAGGCCUAUCUCACAGACAAAGAGGGCGAAGGAGUAGAGUGUGGGGAGGAGGUGUGUCGCCUUGUUGGUCAGACGGGUGAGCUGCCGGAUCCGAACCUGGCAGGCAUCGCACCAUGA